AUGGCCGAAGCAGCAACUGAGCGCCUUAACAGGCUGCAGGAGGCAGACCUCGGGACAGCUCGCAGAGAGGAAAUCUCCACGGCGGAUCACGAUUCCAAUACAUGGCUGACGCGGCUAGAUGUCAUUGAGGCCUCUAGGAGAUCAAACGUUCAGGGAACAAUUGAACAACAACUUGCGCAAGCCAACAGAGAUUGCCUAGAUGCCUGGACCAAACACCUUGAUAAUCUUCUGGACGGCCAGAGCCACCGUCUGCGGCUCGAGAAAGAGUUACGUGGAGGUAAUACACAUGACCAGCAGACCUCGAAUAGAGGCCAGAGAGCUCUCAAGGGUCCUACACAGAAUAAAUCGUCCAACCAUAAUGCCAAGUUACAGAACCAAGCCGUUCCACAUGGUACCUUGGCCGCAUCGGUCCUUCUCAGCUCUGAUGUUCACAGCAGCAACAGCAGCAGCAGGGUUUAUUCGCAGAAAAUCAGCAGCGCCGAAGAGUUUCUUGUGGAGGUUCGGAGUGUGACUAGCAGACGCGGACCAGAGCAAGAGCCAUUAAUUCAAAAGUCAAAGGCUAAGGUUUCUGCGAAAACGACAGACCGUUGUGGUAAGGAUGCCUGUCGAACUCCGAGGUCGCGCAACAUUGUAAAGCCCAAAGAACAGAAAGUCACAACCCAGCUGACAAUUUCCAUGACUCCUGAGGACAAAGUGGAGGAUAAAUUCGGAACAACUAAUCACGAUCUGGGUGCAGGCUUGGUGAGCACGGAGUCACCUAGAGAGACGCCACCAACAGCCUCAAUAAACACGACCGGUCAAGCGAAGACAGGGGAGAAGCUAGAGCCAAACACACAGGAAUCUGUGGCAACUCCCAUGGACUCGACUCCCGCAUCGCGUCCCCAAAGAGUCGUCGGUACACUUGUCGACUUGGACAGUCCAGUGGAAUCUGAGAAUGCGGCUGCAAUGAGUCCAGCGUUACAAGAAUUAGAAGGACUGGACUUCACGCAAUCCCUCGAACCAGAAAUCUCUCAAUCGUCGACUCUAGCAGUCGCUAAGAGAAGACUUGACUUGGGAAGGUUCUCACAUCCGAAACAACAAAUGACGAGUGAUUUGGACGUUCUUGAAGCUACUACUGAUACCGAGGAUGAGGAGUCAGUCGAUGAGUACAGGCGUGAAAUUGAUAUUGUCUGCCAGCUUUUACAACAAACACAUUUGUCUAAGACAUUUUUGUGCAAGCUGACUGAAUGUAAAGAUGUUCUAGAGGCUAGGCUCCGACAGCGUUGCGAGCCAAAGCUGGGAAAGCCUCAGAAUCAGCAGUCUUUGACACUUCCAGAUCCUGAAUCUGAAAAGGCUGAGAUUGCUGCACCUGUGAAGGCAUGCAAGGCUGCCGCUCCUGGGCCGAAAGAGCCUCAUUUUGUCCGUCCUGUUGUUAACGAUAACACACCGACUCCCGGCGACAUUACACCAACACCUAGGGUUAGUAUUCCGUCGUCGCCAUCUCGCUUGAAUGUGAGCGUGCUGCAAUUCACGCCGAAUUCGUGUUCUGAACAGAAAUCCUUUCCCGAUGCUACCACCAAAUCUAUCAGCCUUGAGCCCAUUGCUGAUGAGGUUGUUAGCGCAACCCAGUCGAAAAGCGCAUCGAGUGAAGACACUGUUGUCCUAGCGACGGCGGAUACACCAUCACCGGAGUCUCAACCCUCCUGUAUAUCUAUAUUCAAAUCCGUCGCUCAGGAAAUAUCUGGCACCGGCCACUUGCUCGGCGACCAUCUGUUGCCUGGCAGCGAAUACAGACAGCCGGAACAAUCUCACUUAUACGGCAACCAUUUGCUUCCAGGACAGCGCGUGACACCGACUACUAUUUACAAGCAGACUGUCCCUGAAACUACCGAGUUCGCCUUGGCUAAAGCGGCUAUAUCUAAGCCAGCUCCCGCUGUUCUCUCCUUUUCUCCGCCAAACAAACAAGGUCAAACCGCUACUAAAUCAUUGCCCGCUAACUUCACCAUCCCUCUGCCCUCUGAACCGAUCAGGAUUGUGGAUCCGAACAUCUUGGUAUCUAGCAUAGCAAAGUCUUCAAGCGGUGCUUCAGCGGCUCUAGGUGCACCGUCUAGCACAACCCUAACGACUGCACAAAAGACACCCUCGAUGAUGAAGUCUAUCUACGCACCGCAGCUGAAGGAAGCCCCACCCUCGAUCAUGGAUGUGAAGAAGGGAUCGCCGGCCUCGCAAUAG